AUCGCCUAUGUAAAGAUAUGUGUACAUAUGAAGACACGUUUGCUUUAGAAAAUAUGAAAACUGUUUAUUACAGUGCCCGAACAGUGUAAGUGUGUACAAGAGAUUUAAAAGAUUAGAAAAAGAAAUUGUGCGUGCUGCCUGUGGCUCCGCCUCGACGUGGGCGUUGACGUCACAUUACUACCCAUCAAUCAGCCUAUAUUGAUCUGUCAGUUUGAGUACUUCUGCUACGGAUUCAUCAUCAGCCGACUGGAGAGCUUUGAGAAAGGUCAAAAGCCAAUGAUGGAGAUGAACUCUACCUCUUCCUGUCACAGCAAUACAACACAUGUAUCUGAGUCUGUUGACCAGCAUGCUGAGCUGAGAAAGUCUCUCUACACAAUGACUCUGAUUGUUUACUGCCUGGCCUUUGUUCUCGGUGUGCUCGGGAAUGGAGUGGUUAUCUGGGUGACCGGGUUCAAGAUGAAGAAAACAGUUAGCACAGUUUGGUUCCUCAACCUUGCUGUGGCCGACUUCCUCUUCACAGCAUUCCUGCCCCUGAGUGUGACGUACCUGGCUUUGGAUUUCCACUGGCCUUUUGGCAAGUUCAUGUGCAAACUGAACAGCACAUUAAGCUCCCUGAACAUCUUUGCCAGUGUCUACAUUCUGAUGGUGAUCAGUGUGGACAGAUGUGUGUCUGUGGUGUGGCCAGUCUGGGCCCAGAACCACCGAAGUGUACGCAAGGCGUCCUGUGUGAGUCUGGGUGUUUGGGUACUGGCUCUGAUUCUCAGCACUCCAUACUUUGUCUUCAGGGACACUGGGCCAUCACAUAACAAUGACGACAUCAUCAACUGCUUCAACAACUUCGCCCUUUCUGAUGAUUAUGAAAACCUGUCUGUGUUUCAGCUGGCACAGUUUCGUCAGCAGGCCGUGACCAUCACCCGCUUCCUCCUGGGAUUUGUUGUCCCCUUCACUGUCAUUGUCUCCUGUUAUGCUGUUAUAAUCCAUCGUCUCAGAAGAAACCGCACCCUGGCCAGCCAGUCAAAUCGCGCCUUUAAGAUCAUCGCUGCUGUUAUUAUCGCUUUUUUCCUGUGCUGGGCUCCCUUUCACAUCAUGGCUCUAAUUGAGAUGGUGAAUCACAUCGCUACUAAUCGAAGUGAAACAUUAGACUAUGUCACCACUAUUGGGAUCCCUAUAACCAUCAGCCUGGCCUUUCUCAACAGUUGCUUGAACCCACUGCUGUAUGUGUUCAUGGGCCGAGAUUUCAAGGAUAACGUCCGCAAAUCCAUCCUGAAUGUAUUGGAGAAUGCCUUCCAGGAGGAGGUUUCUCGCUCUCACACUGACACAAAGUCAGUGGACAGCAAAGAGAAGUCAAGUCUUAAUACUGAGGUAUAAGGCUGCCCAUGACAUGAAGAAACAAAUACUGUAACUGUACAUAGUAAAUCAUUUUGACACAAAUGUAUAUACCAAAUUACUUUUUUUGCUUUUGUUGUCUUUAUACAAGGACAACAAGGUGAGCUGUAAACAUUAUGCCAGAUUGAAUCAUUUAGACCAAAUGUAGUUUCUUUUAAGUGAGUUUUACUGUUUGGUUGGCUAACUGAUCAAAGAGUCUGAUGGUAAUAUUGUAUAAUAAGUUGCGAUGCCUUUUGUGGGCUAAACCUUUGUUGAACAAGGUAGUAGUGGAAUGUUUUUAAUCAUACAAAGAAAAUUGCUACAUGAGAUCUACACAGUCCUGUUGUUGGCUGCUCUUUGACUCACAGCAGUGCAUUCACUCUGCACCAUUUUAGAGCUAAAGGCUAUUGUAAAAUGACAUUUCCUGGACAAAUAAGAACCCAGCAGUCAUUUAAAAAUAGGUAUUACAUCAGUUUCCAUCUGUCAGAUAAACAACAGAUUUUGAUUACCAUUCUCUUGCCUGUAUGUGACAGCAAGGAAAACACAAAGUCCCAGUUGUUUUUAGGUCAUACGAUGAUUGUUAUUGUAGUUUUUAUUGCUAUCAUAAUUUUCUAUUAUUAAAAUAACAGAUACAAGAUAUCUGCUUUUGUUGCUCAUAGUCUUUCUAAUUAUUAUUAUAGACUUUCUUCAGAAUAUUAAGUGACCAGCAGAGGGAACUGUUUUACAUAUUUAAGUACAGGCCAGGUCAUUGGCUAAUUGAUCAGGUCUUGAAAAGAGUUCUGCCUCUUAACUUCACCUACAAUACUUUCAAUAUGGUAGAUCGGAUAGAUGGUAAUAUUGUACAAUAAGUUGUAGAUCCAUUUAUGAUGCAUUUGUGGGAUGAAUCAUUUUGAAACGAUGGAAAGAUGAAAUGUUUUUUUGUUGAAAAGUGUAUUUAUAUAGCCCUCCUCCGAACCAGAGAAACAAAGUGCUAUCCAAGGGGAAAAAAGAAUGAAAUCAGAAAAAGUAUAACAUAACACACACAUAAAAUCCAACCAAGCAGACAAAUUUGCCCACAUUGAAUAACCUGUAGAGCAAGUGGCUACAUUUAUCUUCGGAGUGAUAAUGGUACUUCUUCUCUAUGCUCUUUGACUCACAGCAGUGCAUUCAGUCUGUACCAUACUAGACCUGGUGGAUAUGUGAUAUGUGGGUGCCAUCUUUUUUGAGAAGAGAAACCAGUCAUAAUUUCAAAAGAGGUAUUACAUUAGUUUAUGGUUGAAUAUGUGCACAAAACAAGCAACAAAAACAUUAGAUUUGUUUGACAAAGGGAACUGUGUGUUUUCCCUCUGUCACAUACUGUACACUCCAGAUGUUGAUAGUAUAUCUGUGCCUGUACGUUACAGCAAAGAAAAUAAACAACAAAACAAGUUGUUUAUAUGCCAUAAUUGUCGACUGUAUUGACAAUUAAAAGGCUGGCACAUCAACUAAUAACAUAGUAAUAGAUUGUGCCACAUUGUGCCUUACUUGCCAUAGAAUAUAGUAGGCUAUAAACUAAUGUAUAGAAGAGAUUUAACUGAAUGUAGAAUAUACAGUGUGAAAUAGUGUCACUGAGCCGCUGUACUAACAGGCUUAUAGCAAGUUAGUUUCCCAACUUCCUCCCUCACACCCAACUCAACCCAGCCACUGAUCACGUUAUGUGUGCACUUGACAAAAUUUGGCACAUGACAGGGACCACACAGGCCAUCUUUGGGUACAUACAAAGUGAAAGUGAAGUGGUCAAGUGCUAGGUUUAGUAUAGCUCAUUUUGUCUGUAUAGUAAUGUUUAUUAAAUAAAUCACCCUGAAAUGUU